AUGCCUCUGGAAUACUGUGAAUUCAGCGGUACACAGGAAAAAUGUAAAUUAUGGUUGAAGGAAAAGGACGAAGACAUGUACGAGGAGGUUUAUGGUGGUGUCAAAGCUGUCACCGAAGGUGUCGAAAAGGCAACCAUUGAAGAUGAAGCUAGCGACAAGAAGGACAGAACAGUUGUCAAGGAUAAAUCAGCCAAACUCGAAGCCAAAUUGGAGCGUGAAAAUAAAAAGAAGAUGGCUUCCCGUGUGCUUAUCAAACGUAUUGAAAGAACAAAGAGAAAGUGCGUUACCACCAUCUAUGGUCUGGAUAUUUUUGGAGUCGAUUUAAAGAAGGCAGCCAAGAUGUUUGCUAAUAGAUUUGCAUGUGGUUCUUCUGUUGCAAAGAACAAUCAAGGUCAAGAUGAAAUUGUUGUUCAAGGUGAUUUCAGUGACGAAUUACUCAAGAUGAUCUUGAAGAAUUGGCCCAAUGUUCCCGAAGAGAAUAUUGAUAAGAUUGAGGAAAAGAAGAAGAAAAAGGCUGAAAGUCAAGUCUAG